AUGCGGUGUGCCACCACAAUCGGCAACGUGUACCUUAGGUCUGAGCUGGGGCCCGAAAGGCCACAGGGCCACAUCCGGGACAUCACAGACAGCCUCAUUGAGCACUAUCAGGACAAAAGGUUGGAUGAGAAUGCCAAUGUCCAGCUGUCGGAUGAUAAGGUCAUUAGUAUCAUUUUUGACCUCUUUGGAGCUGGGUUUGACACAGUCACAACUGCUGUCUCUUGGAGUCUCAUGUACCUGGUGACAAACCCUAGGGUGCAGAGAAAGAUCCAGGAAGAGCUAGACACAGUGAUUGGCAGGAAUCGGAGGCCCCGGUUUUCUGACAGACCUCAGCUGCCCUAUCUGGAGGCCUUCAUCCUGGAGACGUUCCGACAUUCAUCCUUCAUCCCCUUCACCAUCCCCCACAGCACCACAAGAGACACAAGUCUGUGUGGAUUCUAUAUCCCCAAGGGACGUUGUAUCUUUGUGAGCCAGUGGCAGAUUAACCACGACCAGGAACUGUGGGGUGACCCAAACAAGUUCCGACCUGAAAGGUUUCUCACCUCCAGCGGCACUCUGGACAAAGCAUUGAGUGAGAAAGUCAUUCUCUUUGGUUUGGGCAAGCGGAAGUGCAUCGGGGAGACCAUUGGCCGAUUGGAGGUCUUUCUCUUCCUGGCCAUCUUGCUGCAGCAAAUGGAAUUCAAUGUGUCACCAGGACAGAAGGUGGAUAUGACUCCUAUUUAUGGACUGACUUUAAAGCAUGCCCGUUGUGAGCAUUUCCAAGUGCAGAUGCGGUCUUCUGGGCCUCAGCAUCUCCAGGCUUAGACGGUCCUGUAGUCCCCAGACCAGGGGGCUGUUCCAGGGAUUUAACUCCAGCCAGAAACACAGAUUCUGGGGAGUUGUGCCUGUCUCCUACUUUGGACUUGCUUCUCUAUAUGCUGAUCUCAGACACUGGGCUCAGCAGUGGCCCACAGGAACUUCAGAGCCUUCCUAAAUUCAGCAUCAGCUAGGAGACCUGAAAGGGAAAGCGGGUCCCUGGGCCUCAGAAAACCCCCAAAGAGCUCUCUGGGUGCUCCAGUGGCUGGCCAGUUUGAAAAAUGCUUAGAGCAGGUCAUGCCAGGAUCUAUCGGGUGUCUUUGACAACUGGGAGCUAUGCAGAACAGAGGGAGAAGACAGCUCAAAAUACUGAGGUGCUCUUGCCAUUUGCUAAGGCUGAGCAGCCUUCCCACAUGGGUCUAGGACACUGUCUGUGGAAAUCACCUUUAUUCACUCUUCAUUGGAAUAAACAGGUUUCUCCUGUCCUUGCAAAGCCCCCGUUCCUGUUCAGGAAGUGCUGGGUCUUGUGUCUAGGAAGAUCCAAGAACAGAGGGACAGACUCUCUGGACAGCAGGACCAGGUCUAGAGUAAAGGGAUGACUUUUAAGACGGAGUCUUGUGUGGCUCACACUGCCUCUGAACUUGCUAUGUAGCCAAGGAUGGCCUUGAAUUCCAUAUUCUUUUUCUUCUCUUACCAACCUUCUGAGUACUAGGAUGCAGUCACAGACCACUAUAUCAUCUCUUGGUCUCUCUUCUUUACUGUAUAAAAUGUUCAUUUAAAAAAUGUUUGGGGGCUGGAGAGAUGGCUCAGAGGUUAAGAGCACCGACUGCUCUUCCAGAAGUCCUGAGUUCAAUUCCCAGCGACCACAUGGUGGUUCACAAGCAUCUGUAAUGAGAUCUGGUGCCCUCUUCUGACCUGCAGUCAUACAUGCUGUGUACAUAAUAAAUAAAUAAAUCUUUUUAAAAAAAUGUUUGUACAGCCAGGCAGCAGUGGCGCACACCUUUAAUCCCAGCACUUGGGAGGCAGAGCCAGGCCGAUCUCCGUGAGUUUGAGGCCAGCCUGGUCUACUGAGUGAGAUCCAGGACAGGCACCAAAACUACAUGGAGAAACCCUGUGUUGAAAAAAC